CAACUACAAGUGUCUGUUAGCCUGCCACGCUUUGCAACCCCAUUCACCACCCCCUUUUAAGACCGUUGAUUAUGAUUGAUGUGCAACUGAUUCUAGCCAACUCAGACAACCCUAGCUUUCUAGAUGGUGUCAUUUCCCAGUUAGACCACACCGUCGAAGGCUUAGCGGCAUCGCUCAGUGAUCCAGCGCUUCUCAGCGAAGAGUCUCUCAGAUCGCAGUUGCAGUCGCCAGCAUGCAAGUUGAACGUCUCUUUGGAGGACCACGGAGUCAACUAUAACCAACUAGCGCUUCAGGAUGAGGAGCUCGAGGCAAUUCUGCAGAGCUUGAACCGGCUAUGGUUGAUCAAAGGGUUAUCAACCGAGGUGCAAGGCUUUUUGGACCAGAACGAAUUGCUAUCUUCGCUCCACUAUUUGAGCAAGCUUAUUUCCAAGAACGAAGAAUUGCAGAGGGAAACGUCUCACCAAACGGAAAACUUGCUCAUUGCGUCUGACCUUUCUGCCGCCAUCUCCGGCUUCAAGAAGCAGGCGGUGGCCAAACUCGCAGCCUUGUUUGACCAGUUCAUUAUCUUGGGAAACACCCUGGACUGCCAUUUCUUUUCUGAAACCAUCACAAACCACGAAUUAGAGACUCAGCUCUCGUACAUUGAGUACCUUGAAAUCUUGGAAGAACACAAGGUCCUUCUCGACGGCGAUGCCACCAUCGAUGGAAAGUUUACCGCGGUGGCUGACUAUUUCAAGACCCAGAUCUUGCUCGUAACUGAGUCUUCAACCAAGCAGCUUGCUUUGAGGUACAGUGAUUCUAACGACGAUGAGAUGAUUCUUGAGCAGCUCUCAGCCGCCGUGAGCCCAGAGGAGGAUUUCAACCAGUAUGUCAGCUCCAUUGGUGCGUUGAUAAAGUUUGUGGGAAAUAUUCCCCGAGUGUCUGACGCUGUGCUCGAGCCGUUGAUCCAUUCGUUGAAUGCCAGUGUUGCCAAACACAUCUCCCAGAUCGUGCUGAAUUCGUCUGCCGCUGCAUUGGAUAAGUUGGUAAACUCCAUCCGCUUGAUGUGGUCGCGGCAGAUUGACCACCUUGUGAAGACCACCAAGUAUCUGACCGAAGCUCCCGACCUCAAGAUCGUCACUGCGACCGAUGACGCAGUCUACCACGAGAUCUAUGCCGACGUGAAGCUCGCAAGCGCGUUGGCGAGCUUGGAGGGCUACUUUAGCGGCGUUUCCGCCAAAGAGUUUAAUGAAGAAGAGCUAGUUACGGUCGAUGGAACGGAAGAAGAACCAAGGAAACCACCCAUGAGAGAGCCUACGAAUCCAGCGCCCGUGGACGAGUGGGACAACGGAGCCUGGGACGAGGAGAUUGCCUUUGACGACGAUGAACCGGCAGCGUCGGAACCGGUAACGUCGGAACCGGUAACGUCAGAACCGGCAGAGGAUGGAUGGGACUGGAACGAAGAGCUUGACCUGGACGAGGCCCCAAAAACCAAGCCUAGAGCUGCGGAUGGUUGCUACAAAACCACGUACAUCCCAGAGAAUUUGUUUGCGCUCACCACUCAAUUCGCACAGGAGUCACUUGAGUUGUUUCCGCUUGAAACCAUCACCGCCAACUCGGCCUAUCUCUUAAAACUGAUCUUGAUGCUCAGUGGGCUCAAAUACCCGAAUAAGAUCGUCUUAUACAAUGAUUUAAAGCAUUUGCGCCAUUUGUUAGUCACUUCCGGGGUGAUGAUGGACACCCAGGUGUUGGGCGACCAGUUGACCCAGAUCCUAAACGCUCAAUACGACCGAAUGUUUGCGCCUACCAUCCAGCAGGUGCUGGCGAUAGACUUUGAGCAUUUGCUCAGCAAUCCACACAACGCUACCAAGCGUGAGACAUUGUCCCACUUUUUGCGGAGCGAACUCAGUUCGAGGUACGAAGCGAUUGCGUAUCUCAACCCGUUGGUAGCCGACAAGUUGGAGGCGACGUUUAUCAACAACCUUCACGCCCUUUUGAUUCAAAAAAUCACCAGCAUGGUUGACAUCUCGGAAGAGGAAUCGGAGGAGUUGUCUCGGUUGAUUGACGAGUGUCUAGAAAACCUCCCUGUGCCCGAGUCCCAGAUCCAGCACUUGAACAAGCUCCGUAUGUUGAAGUACAUUUUGCUGAGCCAUUUGAAGGACAUCAUGGAGCGGUUCUACAACUCCGAUUUUUUCGAGUUUGAAACAAGCGAGUUGAACGGCUUGCUCAAGUCACUUUUUAUGGAGAGCGAGUUGCGAAGCAGAUCCAUCCAGGACAUCUGGGAUAUCAGACAGGCUGAUUAGCUGCCCAUUGGCCGUCGAAACUUGUUUUACGUUCAGAAUCAUCCCUCUGUCGCAGGAUUAAUAAUAUACCCUACUGGUUUCACAACCAAGUGUAAGCGGUAUUUCGUUUUCUCUUGCGGACAUUUACCAGCGCCAAGCAAUGGAGACUUUUCCGUAGCUCAGAUAUCCCUUUGGCUUGCCUUACUAGACCUGAGACUUACAGAAAAAAAAAUAUUAACAUCCCGUAAGCUCUAUCGUCUAUGCAACAAUAAUUAACACACACAUAUCGCGUAUCCCCUAAAUUCGGUGUUACAAAAAAUUCCAAGGUCUCUUAAGCCAGACCUCUCGGAUGCCUAUUAACUAAUAUUGGUCUGCCACUGCCGCCCACCGUAACCUAAAAUCAACACUGAUAUUUGUUUAUAUGGCCUAAUCCACAAUAAAAAGGCUGUCAAUGACAUCCUACGCCA